AUGGCCUUCGGGCAAGAGGCCAUAGAACAACUAUCUCAGGAGCUCGUCGGAGGGUAUAAUCUCAACGCGAGGCUCCUGGCAUUGCUGCGCCGCAGCCCUCUCGACGGACGUGGACAGGAGAGGGCCGCAGCGAUGAGCCAGGAACUCUCCCGGGUGUUCAUGGUGUCUCUGUUCAUGCUCAGUUCUCGAGAGAGCAGCAGACCGGUGGUAGACAGGAUGGCAUCGCCAGCGGCAACGAUCACUGAGGGUAGCAUCGAUGAGCGGGCUCCGGCGAAGGACAUGCGUAUCUGUGGUGGAGAGGUUGCUCCCCCCAGGAAGGGCCGAGAAAACGAGGUUACCAAGAAGGAGAUUACAGCCUCGCCUCACAGUGAUGGUUACCAAUGGAGAAAAUACGGACAAAAGAACAUUCACAAAAGAAAAUUUGCAAGGUCCUACUACAAAUGCAUGUUUAGCCAUGACCGCGGCUGCAGGGCGAAGAAGACGGUGCAACAGCACGAUAGUAGCAGCGGCCAUCGUCCUAUGUUCCAGAUCACCUACAUGCACGAGCACAAGUGCCAGCAACAAACAGUGCCUCCCGGAGAAGCUACAAGGAGCGGCCACUUCGAUCCUCAACCUCAACACGCCGAAUUGGAUGACGACACCAUGGCCUCGUGCCUGGCCAUGGUGAUCGGAGGAGCUGCGCCUGCAGCUCCGUCGUCCUCGUCCUUGUCGCCGCCGCCCGUCGGAGCGAGCCCGAGUGACCCUGACGGCGGGCGUACGCCGAGCCCGCUGGACGUGAGCACGGGCCUGGACACGGGGAUCUCGUGCGGCUUGCCAUGUGCUCCCGUGAAGGCUCCAUCGUCGUCGUCGUCGUCGUCCUUGCUGCUCGUGGAAGCGAUCAGCUCGAGUGAUCGCGCGGUGUACUUGCCGGCCGGCGGCGGACUCUCCCCGAGCACGGACGCUAUAGCGAUGGAUGAUACUUACUUCCCGUGCAGCCCGCUGUUUUCUCCCGUCGCUGCUCGGUCCAUCAGUCGUUCGGACGAUGUGCCCAUGGCUGUUGCUGGGUUUACAGACACAACGUCAGCGUGGCCACACUACUCGUGAAUACGUCGUCCGGCACCGUCAUCACUCACCACCAUUCAAAAAGCAUGUGUACACGUGUGCACACAAUGUCACUGACGAACAUCUUGCGCACAUGGUAUUUCGUUAUUUUAUCUGUUCACUGGCACAUGUGGGGAUUUCAGUCUUAUCAG